ACGACUCCGUGAUCUGUGGUCUACUCAUUGUCUUCUGCGGAGAUUGUGACUGGGGGCUACUGCCAGGGGUGAUCAACCGUACGAUUAUUUUCCGAAAGGCUCGUGUGGUGUUUCUGGAACGCAUCGAUUUCACCGUCACUAGUGACUGUUGCACUACAGUCGUUGCCUUCCAAUAGUUAGUCCUGAUGCCCUCGUCAUUGGACGAGCUUCCAGUCCAUGUUCGUCUGGAGGCACACGCUAGCGCUCGCGACAAAGCAAUUGCUGCAAGCGACAUCAGUCCAGGUUCGGUUGUUCUGGAAGUGCCAUCCAUGGUGGUUUUGUUGCUCUCGUCGGGCAAAGGUCGCCGAUGUGAUUUUUGUCUCUGCUCAGAAUCAUCUGAAAUCAGGCUGGCCAGGUGUACUGGCUGUGCUUCAUACUGGUAUUGCGGUCCACAGUGCCAAACCUUGCACUGGCGAUCGCACAAAAAGUUUUGCAGGAGACUCGCUUCCUUCACAGCAUCAGCCGAUUUUCAAUGUCUGGAACCGCACGAGCAACUAGAUGCCUUGCUUCACACCCAUCUUAUAGCGGAAAUUUCGUCUAAUGCGUCUUCUGAUGUCAGAGCAAAGCAACUAUCCACUUUCAUGUCUCUGCUGCCUGGACCGCAGUAUGGCCCCGUCCCAAUUGCUUGCCCCAUGUCUUUGGGCGUUGAUGUGCACCAAAACCUUGAAGAUUUGUUUACGCGUUCUGGGAACAACAAUUUUGCAAUCCACAGUCAUCUUACUACUAUCGCUCAUGGCAUAUUCCCUCUUGCGAGUCGCCUUUUCAAUCACUCGUGCCUUCCAAAUGCCGCUGCAAGAUACGUGAUCCGCAGAGGCCAGUCAGUGCGAAUGGAAAUUGUGGCUUUGCGAAAGAUCAAGGCCACAGAGGAGAUAUUUAUUCCAUAUGUGGACCCUGCUCUGAUAGAAUCUCGUCGACAGAUCUUCAAGCUCACCUACGGCUUCUCCUGUACUUGCCCGUCAUGCAAUUUUAUCAGCACGCUUGGCUCCAUUCCUUCGUUGCCUGUCUCGGAGGCUGCACUUGCAAAAUUGGACAAUACUCUGCAAUCAUUUUAUUUUCCUUCUGGAGACAUUGACAAUCACACACUACUUGUGGGCUUAACUCUUCCAGACCUUCCAAAAAAUCUCCACCCUGUACUCCGCGAAUCGUAUCUAUUGCGGCUCACGGAUGCCUUUAGCAGAUCUUCUCACGAGGGUUCUUAUCAUAUCGCUCUUGAUGUUGGGCUAACUGUACUUGCCGUGUAUCUUUUAAUAUACCCAGAAAACUAUCCACAGAUCGGUAUGCAUCUGCUGGAGAUGGCAAAGACAGCGUGGAAUGCUGUGAUCGCAACUGAACAUGACAAUGCACACAAUGCUCUUGCUAAGACAUCCUUACUUAAGCGGGCUCGAGUCUACCGCAAUCUUGCUAGCAACAUAUUGGAGUUGUUCGGUCCGGAAGGCGAUCCAGCGGGCCCUCUAGAAGAGCUUGCGGUUUUGAAAAAACUACUUCACGAGGAACUGUAAGUGACAAUCACCGCAGGCACGAUGAUCAGUGAUGCACCCUAGUGCUUGCAAUUAAGGCGGUGAUGAGUUCUAGAACAGUCGAGAACGGAUCGUUGCUACGGCAAGAACCAUUCGCAAGCAUGCUCGUUCAUUAGCGAACCGUGACAAUAUACAGCUGGAUAAGCCUGUCUCACUCGAUCAACACCUUCUCGUAGAAAUUCAUAUAGAGCACUGCGUAUGCUGGUAUAUAAUGCAUGUUGCAUACAGGACGUAAGAUUUUGAAAGAUUAUUGAUGGAGG